CGUAUGGAAGCAAAAUCCCGACGAGACGUCAUAUCCACGCGACGACCAUUAGUCAAGCGAUAGGAGCCGAAAGCUAGCGGUAGCGGUUAGCGGCACUCAGCUCAACGCCGAAUCGCCCAUGUUUAACAAGCCGUUCGCUCCCGCGGAGACGCACGCGGCCUCUUCCCGUCACAAACGCGGCCCGUGACGGAGCCGAAGCGACCCCUCGUCCGCCGCGCCGUGCUCCCCGCCGGCCCCGACCCGACCGCCUUGAGCCAUACGCUUCCUAUUAGCGCUGCUUUUUCCACUAGCACCCCCGCGCGGACGGAUGCUAAGUUAGCCGGCGCCGCUAACGUGGUCGCCCGCUGUACCAGUGCGAGACACACCGGGUUAUCAGCCGAGAACACUCGAGGCUCGGGCACCGUCCCACCGGAGCCUCCCGGCGGCUGCUCGCCGCAACCAAUGAGGAUAUCUGGCUCCGGUUACGCGGCCGCAAGGAGUUCCCGGAGAGGCCCGUUGUCCCCGGCCGUCCGAGCAUGUCAAGAAGACCUUCUCCUCCUCAGACAGCUUAGCGAAGGUGCAGGAGGUAGCAAGCUGGCUUUUGGAAAUGAACCAGGAUCUGCUGUCGGGGGGCAGCGGCGGCAGGCGGAGUCGAGGCUCGGGGGGGCCGCCGGCGCCCAGAGGUAGCGCCGCCGCCGCUUCCUCGUCCGCCGGCCGGGCGCCCCGCCGGCCGGACGAAGACGAUGACGAGCGGAUGAACCGGGCGCCCGAGGACCGCCGACGUCCGCCGCGGCAGUCAGAGGCCUCGCAGGCGGACACGGAUCGAGGGGCGCCGGGCGAGUCGGCCCCGGGCGACGGCCCCCUCGGGGACGACGCGGAAGAUCCUCCCGACGAAGCCGCCCGGGGCGAGAAAGGACCCCGCUGGGCGUGGCGGUCCGAGCAAAGGCGGAGAACGCGGGAGGACGAGGAGGAGGAAGAGGAGGAGAACAACAACGGCGACGCUCGCCGGGCAGAGGACGUCGAGGAGAGGACAGAGGGAGGGCCCGAACGCGGGACAAAGGUGGAGGAGGACGAGGAGGAGGAGGAAGAGGAAAUGGACCAGGACAGCGAUGACUUUGAGCACUCGGCGGAAAGCGGGCGCGAGGAGGAAGAAGAAGAGGAGGAGGAGGAGGAGGAGGAAGAAGAACAGGAAGGCCUGAUGUCGCCCUCCGUUAGGAACAAUUCAACCGUCGCCGGCAACAACGUCCGCUCACACCAAAUCUCCUCCCACAAAAAGAUGAAGAGAAAGUUGGACCAUGGCCCCGAGGUCCGAUCUUUCCCUUCAGGAAAAAAGCCCUGCAAAGGUCCAGAGUACCCAAGCCCGACGGGAAUCGUGCCGUGCCCGUCCACGCCCACCACGUUCGGCCACAUCCGGGCGGCCAACGGGCAGGGCCAGCAGAGGCGGCGCAUCACCUCCGUCCAGCCGCCCUCGGGACUUCAGGAAUGGCUCCGCACUUUUCAGAGUUGGAGCGGGCCCGAGAAGCUGCUGGCGCUGGACGAGUUGAUCGACAUCUGCGAGCCCACGCAGGUCAAGCACAUGAUGCAAGUCAUCGAACCGCAGUUCCAGCGAGACUUUAUCUCCCUGCUGCCCAAGGAGCUGGCGUUGUACGUGCUGUCUUUCCUGGAGCCCAAAGACCUCCUCCAAGCCGCCCAGACGUGUCGCUACUGGCGCAUUCUGGCCGAGGACAACUUGCUGUGGAGGGAGAAAUGCCGGGAAGAAGGCAUCGACGAGCCGUUGUCGCUUAAGAAGAGGAAAGUGGUCAAGCCCGGAUUCACGCACAGCCCCUGGAAAAGUGCCUACAUCAGGCAGCACAGAAUAGACACUAAUUGGAGGAGAGGGGACCUCAAAUCACCCAAGGUGCUGAAAGGUCACGACGACCACGUGAUCACCUGCCUCCAAUUCUGCGGCAACCGCAUCGUCAGCGGUUCCGACGACAACACGCUCAAAGUCUGGUCGGCCGUCACGGGAAAGUGUUUGAGGACGUUGGUGGGUCACACGGGCGGCGUGUGGUCGUCGCAGAUGCGCGACAACAUCAUCAUCAGCGGCUCCACCGACCGCACGCUGAAGGUUUGGAACGCCGAGACGGGAGAAUGUAUCCACACCCUCUACGGGCAUACCUCAACGGUGCGCUGCAUGCACCUGCACGAGAAAAGAGUGGUGAGCGGCUCUCGGGACGCCACGCUGCGCGUGUGGGACAUCGAGACGGGCCAGUGUUUACACGUGCUGAUGGGCCACGUGGCGGCCGUGCGUUGCGUCCAGUACGACGGGCGGCGGGUGGUCAGCGGCGCCUACGACUUCAUGGUCAAAGUGUGGGACCCCGAGACCGAGACGUGCCUCCACACGCUGCAGGGCCACAGCAACCGGGUCUACUCGCUACAGUUCGACGGCGUCCACGUGGUGAGCGGCUCGCUGGACACGUCCAUCCGAGUGUGGGACGUGGAGACGGGCAACUGCAUCCACACGCUGACGGGCCAUCAGUCGCUCACCAGCGGCAUGGAGCUCAAAGACAACAUUCUGGUGUCCGGCAACGCCGAUUCCACCGUCAAGAUUUGGGACAUCAAAACGGGACAGUGUCUGCAAACGCUGCAAGGGCCGCACAAGCACCAGAGCGCCGUCACGUGCCUCCAGUUCAACAAGAACUUUGUCAUCACCAGCUCGGACGACGGCACGGUCAAGCUGUGGGACCUGAAAACGGGCGAGUUCAUCCGCAACCUGGUUACGCUGGAAAGCGGCGGCAGCGGCGGCGUGGUCUGGCGAAUCCGCGCCUCCAACACCAAGCUGGUGUGCGCCGUGGGCAGCCGCAACGGCACCGAAGAGACCAAGUUGCUGGUGCUCGAUUUCGACGUCGACGCCAAGUGAACCCGGAGAGGGGGCGGGGCGAUAAACCGCAACGAUUCCGUUUCUUUCCCGUUCCGACCCUCCGCGCGAUGAACUGUGAAUUCCAAAAAGUCUCCCCAAGUAUUAGAACCUGACGAGAACAGGAUGGCUGUCCAAAGUCUUUUAGGUCAAGCUUUUUUUUUCUUUCUCCCAUUUUCAGUUCCACUUCCGUCCGUCGUCCGGUUUUCCCAGGUCGGGUUCCGCUCGCCGCCGACGCGAAAAGUAACCCGGGGAUGUUUUUUUUCCAGUCCCGCCGGUGCGUUCUACGCUUCUGAUCUCCCGCGACGCGCACAGAAAACACAGCUGUCCUCCAAUUUUUCAGUCCGGCGUCACAAACUUCCGAGCCCCCCGCCCCCGAAUGCCCCUCCGGCCCGUGGCCAAACGACGAAUGCUGCUACACGAACCGGGGGUGACGAAAAUGGCAACUUUGGACUUUUUUUUUUUUUUGCUGUGACGUUUUAGUCUCCAGCAAAAUUCCAAAUAAACUGCAUUUUCCAGAGGCGGAAAAAGAAGAGAAAGCAAAAUCAUACUUUUUUUUUGUUUUGUUUUUUUUGCCACUGAAACUUGAGCCAAACGUGCCUCUACGAGGCGGAGAAAAGAAAGAAAGCGCGUCGGAGUAAAAACGCUUGCCCGACGCGGCGCCACGGGAAGGGAAAGAACUGGGACGGCAAAAAAAAAAAAAAAAAAAAAAACGAAACAUAAAGUCAACCUUGUAGCCAAAAUGUGUGGAAAGCUGAACUGUGAAAGCGGUUGCAACACUGUAUAGUCGACAAAAAAACAAAACAAUCUUGCUCGUUCUCCUCCCGCUUUUUAAUUUAUAGUCUGGUUUCGCCAAUCAGAUUUGUCGUUUAUUUUUUUUGUUUUCGCCACAGUUCAGUUGCCAUUAAAACUGCCCGGCGAAAAACAAAAAAAGACUAGAUGGACGGACGGAAAAAAAAACCUUAAAGGGAUUUUUGUGUAUUUGUUUCAUUCAUUUAGAAUUUUAUUUUCUUAUAACUUAAAGUGCAAUAAAAUGUGGGUUUAUUUGA